AUGGCGCCCAACAGCUAUCCAGCUAGCUCCCGUGCCACCCUGCAGCUCAUCCUCGAGACCACCUCCGACCGCAGCUCCCAUCUUACCACAGUAAAAGAUGCCAGUCAGCGCGACGCGAGGGACAUCGUCAACACCAACACCUCGACUCCCCGCUCGCCUCGCCAUCCCCGACCGCCCUGGGAAUCCAUCCCCCCUCGAAAGGAUCACGCGACCUCGGAGGAACUCUACCGCCUGAUGAUGGCCGACUUCCCGACGUCCCCGCGCACCGAGGCCGAACAGCCCGCCCAGGCGCCUUUGUCGUCGUCGUCGUCACAAGGCCAGAAGCCCGCCCUUGCCGGCUCGCCGCCCGACAACAAACUUGGCACCGAUACAACAACGGCCAUCAUUCCCACGUUAGAAGCAGAUGCCGCAGCUGAGAACGAUACCGUUGACGAAGCCCUUCUUCCCAAACUCGACCCCGCCGGUUUCUUCACCCUCGUCUCCAACUCGUCGGCGAACACCACCCAUCACCCGACCGUCAAGUACAUCUUCCUAGACGAUGACCCGGAUACCCUCACAACCGCGCUCGCAGCGCAUCACUCCUCGAACCAAAUCUCGACCCCUUCGGCCUCGACCUCCAAAUCCGGGCCCGGAAAGAACCCGAACCCGAACCCGAACCGAGCCGUCCUCCUUGAUGUGGUCCCAGGCGAAGACGGCCAGUGGAAGGUUUCCUCUGUCGCUAGCCUGAGUGCAGACUUUGCCGUGACCGACGCCAGCAUAUCUCGACAGGAGGGCGAGAAGGAGGGCGGACUGGUGCUCAAGAUUGACGGCGUCGAAAGCGAGGGUGCCACGACGAUAAUUGACAAGGAAAAGGAUCGUGCUGAGAGUCUGCCUAGCUCUAAUAGUGCCGUCGCGAGGUCCGGCGGCGAGGAGUACGGACCGCUGCUCGAGGAUUUCGAGCGCAAGAUGAGCGUCCUUCGGCGGGUUGUCAAGGCUGGCGAGGGUCGCGCUGAGAAGGCUCGUGAGACGAAGCCUUCUGAUGCCGAUGCCGAGCCGGCCGAGGAAUGA